UUUUCCCUUUUCAUACCAUGCCCAGGGGGCGGGCCCCACACCUUGGGAAGCUCUACUUUGAGGUAUUGGACACCGAUGGUAAACUGCCAUCAGACCCUAAAUCAGACCCUGUUAUCUGUUGUUAUCAAUAUUUUUUUUAAAUUAUUUCUUGGUGAGUGGACAUAUUGGUUACACUUUGACUAAUCAUUAAUCAGUAACACAACCUUCAGAAGCAAAGUGCACUGAGGGUGUAAUUACUGAAGGUUACUCAUUUCUGAUGUCAAGGAGGAGCAGAGAAUAAAACAGUAAAGCAGACAAAAAAAUUACAUCAUAUGGGAGAAAGAUACUCUAAAGUGUGGAAUAAAAACUCAGGCAGUUAUUCUAAUAAUAAAAAAAAGUCAAGAGAUGGAGGUGCGACCUCGACCAGAACUGUUUGACUUCCAUGGAGUUGGCAUGAUCACAGACUUUACAGAAAACUGGGACAACAUUCAGAACUUCAAAGCGAGACCAGAUGAUAUUCUUAUUGCUACGUACCCUAAAGCAGGAACCACAUGGGUCUCCUACAUCCUAGAUCUUCUGUAUUUUGCGCACAUGGGUCAAGACCGUCAGACUUCCAUCCCUCUUCAUGACAGAGUACCCUUCCUGGAGAUAUGCGAACCCCCUAUGCCCAAAGGUACAGACUUGGCAGACAAACUUCCCACCACUCCUCGUCUCAUUAAAACUCAUCUACCAGUCCAGUUUGUACCAAAGUCCUUCUGGGAGCAGCGCUGCAGGGUAGUCUACGUGGCCCGCAAUGCAAAAGACAAUGCAGUGUCCUACUUCCAUUUUGAACGCAUGGACAGUGGUAUGCCAGAACCGGGGAAAUGGAGCACCUUCCUGCAGAACUUCAUGGAGGGGAAGAUGGUUUUUGGAUCGUGGUAUGACCAUGUGAACGGCUGGUGUGAGAAGAAGCAGACUUAUUCAAAUUUUCACUACAUGUUCUAUGAAGAUUUGAUUGAGGACUGUGGACGAGAAAUAGACCGACUGUGUUCCUUCCUUAGUUUGUCUCCAUCACCUGAAGAGAAGGAAAGAGUCAAAGCCAGCGUGACUUUUGACAAUAUGAAACAAAAUAAAAUGACCAACUACUCCACCUUCGAUUCAAUGAACCAGACUAUAUCUCCUUUCAUGAGAAAAGGAAAAGUUGGUGACUGGAAGAACCACUUCACUGUGGCCCAGAAUGAACAGUUUGAUGAAGACUACAAGCAGAAAAUGAAGAAUCCUGAUCUAAAGUUUCGUUAUGAAAUUUAGAUCCCCAGCUGGGUGUGAUGGAACUCUGCACUGAUAUGUGAUUAAAGAGUUAAGAAAUAAGCCAAAUUUGAUAUGAAAUUUAAACAAACUAAAUUUCAGG